GAAGUUAUUCACGUUUUAAUUCAUUAUUGCUCCGCUUGUUGAGUUGUUGCUGUCGGAUCAACCGGUCUGAUCAACCCGCUGUUUUUCUUGUUGUUCUUGCGGAUUUUUAGUUUCCUUUGUCUUAUUCGUGAAUCGUUAAAUCGAUCUAAUCUGAUAAUCAACCAUAACAAGGAAGGGACCAUAGUCAAAGGCAAUAAGCAAUAGUUAGAAGCAAGUUCUUGUUCUUUGUCAUCUGUGUCAUCAAUCAAGCUUCAAGUUCGACUUCAACCCUCAGUCAAGGCUCAACUUCAAGUCACAAAACAAACUCUAAAACUGUAGUUAAGAAGAUGGCAUUGGCAGCCUUGGGCAGAGUUGAUGAUGUGGAUAUUGAGGCGUCGGGGAAAUUCAAAUAUAUCCUGAUUCAACUAUCGGUUGGAGAUCAAACAAAGUAUAUUGUUAGAGGCUACAGCCACUGUGGAUACCAUGCCGACAUCUACGAUGAAGUUACUCCAGCACUUGAAAAGCAGGGCAUCAAUUGCAGCUGUCCUGGAGGGGGAAGAAUCGAACACGACAAGAAUGCUAAGACCAUCUUAGUCUAUGGCUACUCAAUGGGCUUCGGGCAGGCUGAUCACAGCAUAGCGGUAAAGAUCCUACAAAAGAAAUUUCCAGACUAUACCAGUAUUAAAUCCUCCAACGAGGGCUAUUGAUCCUAAAGGAUCAGGAGGGCUGCACAUCUGAUGAAUAACUGCAUGUUUUGACUCGAGAUAUUCAUCUUUCAGUUCAUCUGCCAUCUUCCAGGAGAGGACAAGUUGGUAGAGUUGUAAGAGAUGGACAAUGGACAUGGUCAAAAAAACUCGUAAAAAUCAGCUAUGGUACUACAGUGAAACCUGUCUAUAAAGAUCCCCCAAGUGAGACAAGAAAAGUGAUCUUUAUAGGCAGGUGGUCUUUGUAGACAGGUGCCUACAGUAAAUCAGCUAUGGUACUACAGUGAAACCUGUCUAUAAAGACCACUCAAGGGAGACAAGAAAAAUGAUCUUUGUAGGCAGGUGGUCUUUGUAGAUGGGUGCCUACAGGUAUAGUACAUGUUUCAAUGAGAAACCAUUUUCAAGGGAAACAAAAAAUGUGGUCUUUGUAGACAGGUGGUUACUAAGUCAGGUUUGACUGUAAUAGUACUUAUGUAAUACACACAUAUUUACUGCUUUGAGAGGUACAGUAUUGCCCUAGCUGAUCUUAAAACUGUACUUGACUUCGUCUAAGGGCGCGACCCCAAAAAUAAGCAGUCAAUAUUUGUGUAAUGUAAUAUACUGCAUCCACAGUGUCAAUUCUCAAAGAGAGAUAUUGCAACAAAUUAGGAUUGUCAAAAUGUAUUUACUUGUUGGGUCUUGGGAAAUUUUACUGAGAGCAUUGCAGGUGUUUUGCUGCACUUAUCCAUUGUUAGCAUCAUGUGCAACCAUUGCAUCCUUUGCAAUGUCCGGGCAGGUAGAACUAUGCCCGGUCAAUAUUUUUUGCUAUACUGACCAGCAGUCAGUAGUAAAUUUCAUGCCUGGAGUUUCAACCAAUCAGAGGCCUAUAAUCUUCAUAUGCGGUAUAUAAUACUGAAUAGCCUUGUGUGGGAUACAAGAGAAUAUCGCAUGAGCUGUUGACCAUAUGUCAUGAAUCAGAAUAUAGUGAGUGUGAUCUACCAUUGUGUUCAAUGAAAUAAGAGCCCUUUUUUCCCUUCUUUUUUUUCUUCAAGUUUUGCAUGAGCAAGUUUUUCAUGUAUGAUAUACAUGUAUUUAAUGCUGCAGUGGAAAUGUUUGAUUAUUACAAUAAAUGGAUAAUAAUGAUAUAAUAUUGAAUGGCCUCGAGUGGUAUACAAGGUAUAUCCCACAAGCAUAUUUCAUGAGUCGGCCCGAUGAAACCAAAGGGUGUCCCUGAAAUGAAUGCACAAUUUAUCUUGUGUGCUUAAUGACCUUUGACAUCUAAUUCAUGAAUGAUUUUCAAUUUGUUUUCAUGCGCAAGUUUUCGAAGUAUGAUAUAAUAGAUAUUUAAUAUUGCACCAGGGAUGUUUCUUUAUUAAUGAUAAUUAAAUAUGUAUUCUGUAAUUUCAAUGAAAAUUAAUGUUUUGUUUUUUUAUUUCGUUUUUAUUUUGCUUUGUUUUUUUAAAGAAAAUAAAUGAAAUGGGGUCUGUUCCAUUAAAACAGUA